AGAGUAGUCCUCUAGCAAAAACACCAGCAAUGGAACUUUUCCACAAAGCAAAAGCCGUUCGUUUACAGAGUCACCACGACAAGUACUUAACAGCCGAAGAAGAUGAAGAAUCCGUAACCCAAGAUCGUAACGGCUCUUCAAAAAACGCAAAAUGGACAGUAGAAUUCGUCGAAAAAACCGACAACGUUAUACGCUUAAAAAGUUGUUACGGAAAAUAUCUUACAGCAUCAAAUCAGCCUUUUCUUUUAGGUAUGACUGGUCGGAAAGUUUUACAAACUGUUCCAAAUAGGCUUGAUUCUUCAAUUGAAUGGGAACCCAUUAGAGAAGGGCAUCAAGUGAAGCUAAGGACAAGGUACGGACAGUUUUUGAGAGGUAAUGGUGGAUUGCCACCGUGGAGAAAUUCAGUGACACAUGAUAUUCCACAUCGGACUUCUACUCAAGAUUGGAUUCUUUGGGAUGUUCAUGUUGUUGAGAUUUUGGUUCAUCAUUCUCCUGUUCCUAACCCGUUGCCGCCGUUGGUCAAUCAUUCUGAUUCGUUUGCUUCUGAAUCUAGUUCUCCUUCUACUGCUUCCUCAAAAUCUCUCAGCUUUUCUAGACAAGAGUCAAGUGAUUCUUUGGUUUGUUCGCCGCCUAAGAUGGGAGAUGGAAGGCUUAUAUAUUAUCAUAUCGCAGAUGAAUUUGGUGAAAUUGAAGAGGGAAUGGAGGGACUUAGCAUAGCUUUCAAGGGAAAUAGUGUUGAGGAGCUAACCAAGAGAUUGGAGGAGGAAACGGGGGUUGAGGGAAUUACUGUGUGUACUCGAAGUCCUUUAAAUGGGAAGCUUUAUCCUCUUCGUUUGCAGCUUCCUCCCAACAAUGCAACCAUGAAUGUUAUUAUUAUGCCAUCUUCAUCUAAAGAGGCAAGAGAAUUUGCAAAACCAAGAAUGCCAUUGUAGGCCAACAUGGAGUGUGCUACACGGAUUGAUGCAGUAGAUGAACAUAGCUGGAUUUUUGUAUCAAUGAGUAUGAUUCUAGUCUUAUGUCUUUUCCCUUGUUUGUAAAUAAGGUUUUGAGUGCUGAAAGAGAUGAGUUACUAGACUAGCUUCUUUGGAUCGUUGGAUGUUAAUCGCAUACUAUUGCACGAAAUAAUGAAAAUUGAAGAUAGAAGUGCUUAGUUUUUUUGUUCCAUUUACUGGAGGAGAUUUCUUGAACUGAUUUUUGUGGCAAGAAGUUUCUUUUGUUGUUGUGGUCGUUGGCAACUACAGUUUGUUGUAAAAUAUUAAUUUGAGCAUUAUUGAGAGCGAGGUGCACCACUUUCUCUA